UUGGUCGAUUCCUUGGUUUGUGAGGGGCGGGGGCGGGGCCUUGGCGCGUGAGUAGCCGCUGCGGUCCAUUCAGCGUCUGAGGGAGCGAGCGGAGGACACUUGGCAAGGAGUGUGGUGUGGAAGAAAAUUCUUCUUGCUUUUGGAGCAUUUUGGCAUUACUCUCAGACUCGUGUGGAGACCGGUGGCUGACACCAUAGGACAUAUAGAAGACAAAUUAUUGGGGGACUAGAGGCUCUUCUGAGUUGGACCAGCCUGUUCAAAAGACAUCAUCAGUUGAAUCUACAGAAUAUUAAAAACCAAUCAGGAUUCAUUAGAUGGAGAUCCAGUAAUAAUGAUGAGAUUUCGCUUUGAGCUGUAAAUGGAAGGCAUGCCAGAAAGUCGCGUUACAGCUUCGGAGAGCGCAGGGGAGAGAGGCAGAGUCCUGGAGCAUUCGAGUCAAUGCUGUGGUCCUCUCUGAGGUCUGGGUAGACACUUCCUGCAUGACACCUGAGUCUGGAUUCCUUGUGAGAAAGAUUCAUCAGGAUGACCAUGUUGACCCCACCAACACUUCUGGAGCUGGCUAAGCAGAGCCUGCUGAGGGAUGAGGCCUUGGCCAUUGGCGCCCUGGAGGAGCUACCCAUAGAGCUCUUCCCACCUCUGUUCAUGGCGGCCUAUGCUAGGAGAUACAGCAAGACCCUCAAGGCAAUGGUGCAGGCCUGGCCCUUUCCUUGCCUCCCUCUGGGGCCCCUGAUGACAGAACAAGAACCUCACCAAGAAAACUUCCAAGCAGCACUCAGUGGACUUGAUGUGCUGCUUUCUCAGGCGAUUCGCCCCAGGAGGUGGAACCUACAGGUGUUGGAUUUACGCAAGAAUGAACAUCAGGACUUCUGGACUGUGUGGUCUGGAUCCAGGAUAGAUGUAUGGUCGUUGAUUAAACUUGAGGCUGCACAGCCCAUGAAGAAGAAGCAAAAAGUGGAUGGUUUUGAUGUACAAGGAGAGCAGCCCUUGGGUCCCGUGAAGGUGCUAUUAGACUUGUGUCUCAAGCAAGGCAGGAAUGAUGAAGUGCUCACCUCCCUCAUGAAGACAGUCAGGAAUAAAAAAGGUUUACUACACCUGUGCUGUCGGAAGCUGAAGAUUUUUGCAAUGCCCAUGCAAAAUAUUGAGAUGAUCCUGAAAAUGGUGCAGCUGGACUCUGUCCAGGAUUUGGAAAUUAAUUGCACUUGGAAGAUGUCUAUCUUUGGAACUUUUGCUCCUUUCCUGGGCCAGAUGAGUAAUAUUCGCAGACUGCUCCUCUCCCACAUCCUCAUGACUUCCUGUACUUACUUAGAGAAGGAAGAACAGUAUGUCAACCAGUUUACCUCUCAGUUCCUCAGUUUUCAUCACCUUCAGAAACUGUAUUUGGACUCUAUUUCCUUCCUCAAAGGCCGCCUGAACAAGGUGCUCAGGUGCCUGAGGAGCUCUUUGGAGAUACUCUCAAUAACUAACUGCGUACUUUCAGAGUCAGACUUGAUGCACCUAUCCCAGUGCCCCAGCGUGAGUCACCUGAAGGACCUGAGCCUGAGUGGGGUCAAUCUGACCACUAUGAGUCUUGAGCCCCUCAGAACUCUGCUAGAGAGAGCCUCCUCCACCCUUGAAGACCUGGAUUUAGAUGAGUGUGGGAUUAUGGACCCUCAGUUUAUUGCCAUCUUGCCUGGCCUGAGCAAGUGCUCCCAACUCAUGACGUUCACCUUCUGCGGAAACUCUAUCUCCAUGGGUGUGCUGCAGAAUCUUCUGCUGCACACCAUUGGGCUGAGCAAGCUAAACCACGUGCUGUAUCCUGCUCCCUUAGAAACUUACGAAGACAACCUAGGCAUCCACCUGGGAAGACUCGCCCAUCUGCAUGCCAAGCUAAAGCAGAUGCUGCGUGAUGCAGGGAGGCAAGCCGUGGUCUGGUUCAGUGCCAACCUCUGUCCUCACUGUGGAGACAAGACUUUGUAUGACCCAGAACCCAGCCUGUGCUCCUGUUACCUCCCUCUUUAGUUGAGUGCACAUAUUCAUAGCUUUAUUCUGGGCGUACCAAAGCUCAGAAUGUAAGUGCUUGUAGGAGAAACAGAGAAGCCUUAGUUUCAGAUAACUUCUCACGUAAGUGGGAAAAGAAAAGUUGUUGUGGUUGGGGGGUCAGAUGUUGAUUUGGGAAGAUACAUCCUAUAGAGUUAGAAAUAUACAUUUGAAUUUCUGCAGAAGGAAUUUGAGCUUGGGAGGUACAUGUGGGAGUUAUCUUUGUGUGGAUAGUUGUAGAUAAAUGGCUAGAGAGAAAGAGAACCUUAGUGUAAUUGUUUUAUUUAUUCUGUGGUGUAUAAAUCACCUUCCCCAUUUAGAUCUCAGGAAUGUCUGAUUACUGAUGAAAUGAGCAGGCAGUAAACGUCCACACUGACUGCACUCCAGGAUUUACAGUGUUCCACCCCAGGAUCUCAUAGCACCAUUUAUCAUUUCCCCUCACUUGAUUUUUUUCUGGGGCGUUGGUUGUCUCCUUCCUUAUUUCUGUGGGUGUUUCGUGAAUCGGUGCACAGAAGUUUCAUCUUCAAGGUCUGAAGCACAUUAAGUGCUUAAUACAACCACCAGAGUAGAGUUCUUUGGGGGAAUCAUCACUGCUCACCCAACUGAGACCCUGUGCCCACUCUUCCCUAUUCUCUGGAUCCACAAGCCUCAGUCCCUGGCCUUCAUUGUGCCAGUGUGGGGCUUCACUGUGCUCAAGUCAGGCACCCAGGACCGGAAGGUGAUGUCGCCCUAAAGAUGAGCAGGCGCCUCUAGACACUCAUGCCUAUCAUGCUGCCUGAUCCAGCUCCUGCUUGAAUUUAAUUAGUGACUAGUUAAUUUAGGACUGGGGAUGUUGCUCAAUAGUCAAGCACUUGCUUAGCGCGUGAGACCAUGUAUUCAAUCCCCGUUACCAUCUAAAAGAUGUAAAUUGCCAUAUGAUCUGUGCAUGUUAAGGAAAUAGCCAUCUCAGAUCCAGUGAGAUGCCUUGGAUGCUGGGUCGCAAGAAUGAACCCAUGCCAGUCCUAGCAAAUAGUCUUUGGAGUGAAAGGUGAGUAUGGAGGUAGGUUAAGACCACUCUGUAGGACAAUCUGUUAAAAAUUAAAGAUGUCAUAUCGUGGGAUUGGACAUCAUAGUUGUUGAACAGUUGGCUUGACUGCUUAGGGAAUAGAAUGCUGUCACCUUCAAGCCCCUACCUUCACUAUGCCUCAGCAUCCUGCCCCUAAGUUGUUGCACCUUCCUGCUGGUAUAAUCUCUCAGGGAAGCACCUGAGAAAAGGUUACACACUAAGAUCCAGGGAAAGAGCUCUAACUCAACACUGCCCUGAGUACAAACAAGCACAGUCCUGCUCCGGAGGCCUCUUAGUUGGUGCUAGCCACGUACAAGUAUGUUAUAUGUUGUGAUGAGGGGAGGAGUGAGGGAAAAUGUCCACUUUUUUCUAAAAUACACCCUCUCCCAGCAUCAUUUGACAUAGACCCAAAUUACAGGGAGUAUUCCCCAAAAAGGAAAACUAGCACCUUUAGGAUUUGAGGGAAGUGUACCCACCCAAUGGGCAAAUUCUCCAGGGAAGAAGAGCAAAGAAAAGGCAUUGCUUUAGGAUCAUUAGCUGAAAAAUAGAGAAGAUUUUAAUGUACACCUCCUGUGGUCAUUGUAAAGGUC